UGGUUUAGCCAAAGUUGUGCACAAAACAUCACACAUUGUAAUGGGCCACCCAUUGACAAUACUCACCACACACUCUAUCAUGUCAUUCGUAAAUUCAGCAUCAUUCACGUUUUCACCACUGAGACAGAGAAGAAUAGCUAAGAUUUUGACCAGCCCCAAUCUCACAUACACACAUGAGGGCAUUAAUAUGGCUGAUCUGAUGGGAGAUGGACAGCCGCAUGAUUGUGCACCCAUCACCGAGAGAGCAUCCAAAGUAAGAGAAGAUCUGUCUGCGGUGCCAUUGACAACCCCACCACCAGUUAUUACAAUGUUCACAGAUGGUUGUUGUUUCAGAGCUGAGGAUGGGAGCCUGAAGGCAGCCUAUGCAGUAGUUGAACAAGUGGGAAGCUCAUUAGUGACAAGGGAUGCAGGGAAGUUAGAAGGAAAACAGUCAGCACAGAGAGCAGAGAUGAUAGCAGUGACAAGAGCCCUGUACUACGCUGGUGAGACUCGUGUGAACAUAUAUUCCGAUUCAGCAUAUGUUGUAACAGCUGUCCAUGUUGAAUUGCCCUUAUGGCAGAGGUGUGGUUUUAUCACAUCCUCAGGUCGACCAAUCACGCAUGCAUGCGAAGCCAGAGACCUUUAAGAGGCUCUGAUGAUACCCACAGAAGUGGCAGUAAUUAAGUGUCCAGGUCACUCCAAAAGUGACUGUCCUAUCACUGAUGGUAACAAUGCAGCCGAUCUAGAUGCCAAAACUGCAGCUGGCUAUGUUGCAACUCAGCAGGUGGUAAGAUCAGAUAGAGCCUGUAGUGAUCUUUUGCCUCGUUUCACUCGAGAAUAUUUGGUCAAAGAACAACAGAAAUCUGCCCCUGAAGAACAAUCAGUCUGGUCACAGCAUGGAGGCAUCUGUGCUAGUGAUGGUCUAUGGCAAGCGCCAGAUGGACGCCCGGCAUUGCCUGUCUCUCUGACCGGUUCAAUGUUAACACAAGCCCAUGGGGUAAGCCAUGUCAGUGACAAACAAAUGAUGAGAGCUCUCGAACAUUGGUGGCAUCCAUUUUUGCAAUCCAUGGUGUCAGGUCAUGUGACGAGUUGUUGUAUCUGUCAGGAACACAAUGUAAAACCUAGCAUCAAACCCAAACGGGGGUGUUUCCCUUUGACAUCUGGUCCAGGGGAAGAAAUUGUGAUUGACUUCACAGACAUGAUUACACGAGUACAUGGCAAACGCUAUGUUUUGGUGAUUGUUGAUUAUUUCACUGGUUGGCCAGAAGCAUAUCCUGUCGGCCGAGAGGACAGUACGGCUGUGAUCAAGUGUUUAAUCAAUCAAUACAUACCACACUAUGGUUUUCCGCGCCGUAUCAGAUCAGAUAACGGUAGCCAUUUUAAAAAUGAACAUCUCAAAGUGGUUGAACAGGCUUUGGGCCUAACACAUGCGUAUGGUACGGUUUACCAUGCGGCCAGCCAAGGUAAGGUUGAACGCCUUAACCUGACAAUUAAACUAAAAUUGGCUAAAAUCUGUGCACAGACUAAAUUGAACUGGCUGUCAGCUUUACCCAUUGCUCUCAUGUCUAUUCGUUCUUCUGUCAACAGGAUCUCAGGCUUUACACCUUUUGAAUUGCUUACAGGUCGUCAAUUUCCAGGACCAACCACGGCGUUGAGAGAGGACACAGUGCAGCCAUUGUCACAUACUGUGUAUUUUGAUAAACUAACAGCUCUGAUUCGAACCUUUUCCCAUCAGGUGACUCCUGUACCAGCGCAACCCGAGGAACUGCCAUCACCAGUCACAACAGACUGGGUCAGGAUCAGAAAAUUCCGCAGAAAGUGGAAUGAACCACGGUGGUCUCAACCUAUACGUGUGACAGCUCGCACCUCACAUUGUGUGCAACUCCAAGGCAAAGGAGAUACUUGGUUCCAUUUAACAUCCUGUGUAGCUUGUGACCCCCCUUCUAGGUCUCUUGCUGACACUGGUUUGGACCUGAGGACUCAGGUCCAAGAGAGGGAGGAUACACAGAGUGACGGUAAAACAGACACUGAAAUUGCCACUGGACAACACCAACAGCUCCAAAUUAUACACAAAACAGGCGACAUUUUCACAAGCCCACACACAGAACCAUUGGCCCAUUGUGUAAGUGCUGACUGUGCAUACGGAGCAGGUAUAGCUAAACAGUUCAAACGGCGAUAUGGUACAGAGAAAGUAAUUGAUCAAAACAAACAACCAGGUGAAUGUGCAGUGACUAAAGAAGAAGACGGCAGAAUUAUUUUUCACCUAAUAACCAAAGAACAAUACACUGAUUUACCAACAUAUGACUGUUUCACAGAAAGCCUAAAACACAUGAGAGAUUGGUGUGUGGCUAAUAGAGUAAGAAGUAUCUCAGUACCCCGGCUGGGGUGUGGUCUAGAUAAACUAGACUUCAAGAAAGUGCAAAAGAUUCUGAGUGAAAUGUUUACGGACGUAGACAUACAAAUAACCAUUUAUUCCUUAUAAUCAAGUUUUCAUUAAUGUGUGAUUUUGAGUGUUUUUCAAUAUUUUUCAUUUUUUCAGGUUUAAAAAGUGUUUUUUAAGAAUGUUUUCUUAUAAGUUUUAGGAUAUUAAGUUUUUAAGAAGUGUUGAUUUUGUAAAGAUAACAAGACAUUACUAGAGAGGGUGAAUACAGCAGCAACAAGAUGAAGCUGUGGGAAAAUUGGAAGUUGUUGUGCGUAUUAGGGAUAAUUGCAGGAACCAUCGUAGGGAUAAUUUUCGGAAUACAGAAAAGUCAGGAAGGUAAUAGCACCACACUGCGAACUAGACACAGAAGAUCAACUGCAUCAACAGACCCAUGUGUAACAAAAUAUGGGGGGCUAGAAUUAAAUUAUGAACAGAAUUCAACCACUUCAUUACAAUUCGAUUUAUGUAAAGUAAUAGACCUUGGGGAAAUGGAAAGCAGUGGUGAUGUCUAUUGUAGUGUCAAUAGGAGUUUUCCUAGCCAUAUUAAUCACCUGUGGGUGUUGUUGUAUUCCCUGUAUUAGAUCACUGUGCAAUAGAUUAAUUGUUACAGCUAUUGAAAAGAAAGAAUCUCCACCCCCAUACAGUAUGCCUUUGUUAUCAAGUGAUCUAGCAGAAGAUGAAGGAGAAGAUGAUGUGUGACCUCUUACGAGGUCAAGAGAGGGUAUUGUGGAAAUAUUUUUCAGAUAAAAGUAUGAUUUAAUUAUCAAUAUAAUCAAUAAGUGUUUUCUUUCAUUAAAUCAUUAAGCUGUGUGCUUUUGUCAUGUGCUUUCUAUUUUACUCAGUGGAAAGUUACUGUGGCAAACGGAGUGAGACAGGAUAAGUGGGGGUUGGAACCAUAAAUUUAACUAAGUCAACACACACACACACACACACAAAGAGUCAUACAGAAAAGAAAUGUUAUGAAUCAAUCCACUGCAUAUGUUUUAAGUAUAAUCAUGAGUUGUGAUGUGUUUUAAUGAAUCAUAGGAUUAAGAAACAACGCUACAUAAUUAAAAGCAUUAGAUGAUUGAGUGUUUUCUUUUUACUAAAAGAAUGUUAAGAAUGUUGGUAUGUUGUCCGGCCACAAGAAACUGUCUCUAGGAGACCACUCCCCAAAAGAAACUGUCUCUAGAGAACAUUCCUCAGGACUGGCGACUGACCACAGGAUGUGAGGCAUGUGUUGUGGGGGGAUGUUGUUUUGCAGGAACUAAGAAAGAAGGAUGGAGUCAGAUAUACGUGGUGCACGGUGAUUGGUGGAAAGGGAGCAGCACUCCUUAAAAGGCAGAGGAGGAGUCAGAAGAUGCGAGCGACGUCACAUACUGAAUAAAUAUGGGUGUUUUUGAAUAAUUUGGGUUGUUGGCUUGUGGUGGAGUGAGGAGAUCGUCUGACAACCCAAAGCUUUGUUACCUUUUUACAUCUGAUAAUAAAACUUCUAUAUAAUUUGGAGAAACGUCUCUUGCAAAUUUUUGAACAUGCAGGACUGCCUCAAAAGU